AUCACUCAUCGCCAAUACGGAAAAACAUGGCGUCGGUCGCGGGAGAACGGUGGAGAGACGCGCUAAAAAAACACGAUAUCUUUAAGAAAUUACAAGAGAGGCUCCAUUUAGAGUCACAAGCCACUAGCAAAAGAAUAGCUAAAAACCUGUCGUUCUGCCUGAACAGUGAUCUGUUUAUAUGGGACAGUGUUGAGAGUGUGUUUUACACCACAAACCUGCGACAGCUAAAUACCGGGGCUGACCUCGACACUUCCAAAUAUCAGACUCUGUUAUGCAUCAACCCGCCGUUGUUUGAGGUGUGUCAGGUGUUGAUCAGCCCAACGCAGUAUCAUGUGGCUCUCAUUGGUAAGCGUGGAGCGACUGUACUUGAACUGCCUCAGCGCUGGGGUAAAAAGUCAGAGUUUGAGGGUGGACGCAUGGAGAUCAACUGCAAGACUAUUCCUGUGGCUGAACGCUUCUUCACAAGUGCUCCAUCAGUGACACUGCGACAGGCAACCUGGUAUCCAAGUGAAACUGAGGAGCCUCAUUUAGUUUUACUGACCUCAGACAACACUAUCAGAUUUUAUAAUCUUAAGGAGCCACAGACGCCUGCCAAAGUUUUGCGUGUUUCUCAGUUAGACGAGGACAGCGGUAUUCAUAUAAGAGGGCGUUCAUACGCAGCAUCUUUGGGCGAAACCGCUGUGGCGUUUGACUUCGGGCCACUGGCUGAAUCUCCACGUCAUAUGCGGAUAAAACAAGAUCUGCUGGUGUACCCGCUCUACAUCCUGUAUGGAAAUGGAGAGACAUAUCUGAGCUAUAUCUCGCUCACACACAGUGUCAGUAAUCUCGGGAAGCCCCUGGGCCCUUUACCCAUGCACCCGGUGGCAGAAGAUAACUACGGCUAUUACGCCUGUGCUGUGCUCUGCCUGCCCUGUGUGCCCAACAUUCUGGUUAUUGCCACUGAAACGGGGACGCUGUACCACUGUGUGGUUCUGGAAGCAGAGGAUGAGGAGGACGGUGGAGCUGUAGAGCGAUGGUCUAGAGGCGCAGAAUCCGUGCCAUCCCUAUAUGUAUUCGAGUGUGUGGAGCUGGAGCUGACGCUCAAGCUGGCCGCUGCUGGAGAGGAGGAGGAGGAGCCUGUGGAGUCAGACUUCACCUGUCCAAUCAGAUUGCAUCGAGACCCUCUGUGCCAGCACAGGUAUCACUGCACCCAUGAAGCCGGUGUACACAGUGUUGGACUCACCUGGUUCAAAAAACUGCAAAAGUUUCUGGAGUCUGAUGAGGAAGAUAAAGACGGUCUACAGGAGCUGGCGGCAGAACAGCGCUGCAUAGUGGAGAACAUCCUGUGCACCAAACCUCUCGCUAACAGUUUACCUGCUCCUAUUCGUGGGUUUUGGAUCGUGUCGGACCUUUCCCUGGGAGCCACCAUGAUGUGUGUCAUGAGCAACUACGAGUGUCUUUUACUUCCUUUGCUAAGUUCUAUUCGUCCCCCGUCUCCUCCAUUGCUGUGUUCUGGUCCAGGGGCGGGGUCAGGAAGCUCUCCUCUGCGUGGAUUGGCUGAGGACUCGUUUGAGCAUCAUAUUCGCAACAUCUUGGCACGUAAUUCGACCAACCCAUUAGUGCUAAGGGCCGGUGAUAAGGACUCCUCGCCCCCUCCUUCAGAAUGCCUGCAGCUGUUAAGCAGAGCCACCCAGGUGUUCAGAGAGGAGUACAUCCUAAAAUUGGGCCUGGCUCACGAUGAGAUGCAGAGGAGAGUAAAGCUCUUGAGCGAACAGAAGAGGAAGCAAUUGGACGAUUUGGCUCUUUGCAGAGAGGAGAGGAAAAGCCUGCGGGAGGCAGCAGAACGCCUUGCCGACAAAUAUGAAGAUGCCAAGUAUCGUCAAGAAGCUAUCAUGAACAGAGUAAAACAGGUUUUGGGAAGUCUGCGCAGUCAACUUCCUGUGCUGUCAGAUAGCGAGAAGGACAUGAGGAAAGAACUGCAAACAAUUAAUGAUCAACUCCGUCACCUGGACAACGGAAUUAAACAGGUCAACAUGAAGAAGGAAUACCAGAAAAAACAGAUGAAUAGCGGAGCAUCUCCGGCUCGCUCCAGCCUCGCACUUAACGCCCAUCAGAGGAAGUGUGUUCAGGGAGUCCUCAAGGAACAUGGAGAACACAUCGCUGGCAUGAUGAAGCAGAUCAAGGACAUAAAAAAUCAAUUCAGCUUUUGAACGCUAACAGUCAGCAGACGUCCAAAGCCAAACUAAUUACUUUAUUUUUAUCACAUUGGAGGAAGCAACAGAAGCCAAAUUAUUCACUCAAAGUUUUCCCUCAAGUUGUGUAAGCCUAAAAUACAAAAUAAAAGUAAUUUAGCUAUAACUUGGCAGUUUCAGAAGAUCUUCAAAGAAUAAGCUGACACUUUUGUAUAAACUAGUUUGUCUAUUUUUUUUUUUAAUAAGUGCCAUGUAUACAUCUU